AUGGGUUUAGGAGCCUUGUAUUUCCUUGUCUCUCCAGAAUUUGGGGUUGAUGAAUCCACUCAUAAUGUAUAUGAAGUGGUGGACGAUGGUGCUUGGAAUGUUGACAGAUCAUUGGAUAUUCUCCCUGAGGAAUUUGCACUGCAUAUUAUGGAGAAAAUAAGACCUACAGUUAUGGAUAAUGUCCUUGACACUCUCUACUGGAUGCAUGAAACUCGUGGCCAUUUUAGUGUAAAAUUUGCAUGGGAAUACUUACGAAGGAGAGAUGAUCCUAGGAUAGUUUACAAGAUGAUAUGGGUGAAAGAGUUACCAUUUAGAAUAUCAUUCUUCAUGUGGAAGGUAUGGAAAGCUAAACUGCCUUUGGAUGAUUUCAUGCGAAUGCUGGGAUAUUUCAUGCCAUCGAGGUGCUGGUGCUGUUCUGAACCUAAGGAGGAAACACUAGUGCAUUUGUUCUUCUCAUCAACUGCUGCUACCAGAGUUUGGAAAUAUUUCCUACCGAGGGUAGGAAUAUCAAUGGAGGGGCUGUCAAUGCAUCAGGCAAUUACCAAAUGUUGGACUGCCCAGGUACUUCCUAGAAUUAAACCAGUUAUACAAGCUUUACCUUCUUGUAUUGUGUGGGAACUGUGGAAAAGAAGGAACAACUUCAAGUAUGGUGAGGCAGUGUCUAUUAGUAGAGUGAUCUAUCAGGUGUCUAUAACACUACAAGCUCUAGUUCAAGUUAGAAAGCCAGGCAUACAAGUGCCUCACAAAUGGCAUGAUCUGUUAGCCAUGUUGGAGAAUUACACUACAAGACUAAAGGUUGAGAAAGUUAUCUGGGAAUUGCCAAUGGAGGGGUGGAUUAAAAUCAAUACUGAUGGAGAAUCUAGAGGGAAUCCUGGAAAAAGGGCAAUUGAAUUUUGUGUCAGGGAUGAAGCUGAAGAGGUGAAAUAUGCAAUUGGAAGGGAGAUAACUGAGGGUUCAAAUACAGAAGCAGAGGUAGUAGAAAUUGUUGAGGCUUUAAGGCUAUGUAGAGCACACAAUUAUACACAUAUAUGGCUCCAAACUGAUUCGAUGUUACUGAAGAAUAUAAUUGAGGGAUCUUGA